AUGGCGUGGGCGAUUCUCGUGGCGAUAUUGCUGCUGGGACCCUCCCCGUGGUCCGGAGGUCUUCCCGGCGCCGAGGCCAAGCUCUCCAAUCAGAUGAAGAUGCCCGUCACGAAGGAGGACAUCAAGAGAAGGGCGGAGAAAAAGCAAAAGGGGCAGCCCUUGACGGAGGACGUGGAGAACUCCCUGCCGGACUGGGAGGAUGAUCCCGUGAUGAAGAGCAAGCUCAAGUGUAACGCGUGCGCGGUGGUGGUCUCCGAGCUCGUGUCCGCGCUGAAGAAAAAACGCGAGCAGAGAAAGUUUAAGCUCACCCCGGACGAGAACAUGGGCGCGCUCGAGCGGGGUUGCUUCCAGGUCCGGCGCGACUACGGCUUGCAGAUGCGAAACAACAAGGUCACGCCGGUGUACAGCAACGACCACAGCAUCGCCAAGACCGAGGGCGCGUGGAUAUCCACCUUCCUCGUCAGCACGUGCGGCUCGGUCGUCGGCGACUACGACGACUACAUCAUCGCGAAUUACGCCACCACCCCCGUGCACGAGCUAGCGGCGACGGUGUGCCAGAGGGCGCCCGGGUUCGAGGAUGACGACGACGACGACUGGCGCGACGACGACGACGACGACGGCGGCGGCGUGCCCAAGGGUCUCGGCGUGUGCCCCGUCGGGCUGGACAUGUCCAAGGCCAACACUCACGACGACGGUUGGACGGUGGAGGAGGCCAUCAGGAAGGUGGAGGAGAAGAGCAGGAAGGAUAAGAAGAUGCUGGACAGGCAGCAGAAACGCGCUGGGAUGAAGAAGAGAAAGAAGGCGCGCAAGCAAAAGGUGGAUGAACUCUGA